AUGCUUGGUGGGUCACUGUCUAGUAAAACUGCAAAUAUAAAUGGAACUCUACUCAACCUUCUUGGUAAAUGCAGAUCAAUGCUUGAGCUGAAGAAGCUUCAUGCCAUUGGGAUCUCUUUUGGUUUAUCUCAUGAAGACUCAUUUAUAUACAAAAUCCUUUCAUUUUCUGCUCUGUCCAAUUCAGGCGACAUUGAUUAUUCGUACAGGGUUUUCUCCCAGCUUUCCAGUCCAACAAUUUUUAGCUGGAAUACAAUCAUAAGAGGCUAUUCAAAUAGCAAUAAACCAAUCCAUUCCCUAUUUAUUUUUCUAAAGAUGCUGCGACAUGGGGUUGCACCAGACUACCUAACAUACCCAUUUCUCAUGAAGGCCUCGGCACGCCUUUUAAAACAGGAAAGUGGUGUAUCUGUGCAUGCCCAAAUUAUAAAAACCGGGCAUGAGUCUGAUAGAUUUAUCCAAAAUUCUUUGAUUCACAUGUAUGCUUCUUGUGGGAAUAUUACGUGGGCUCAUAAAGUAUUUGAUAAUAUGCAGGGAAAAAAUUUGGUUUCAUGGAAUUCCAUGUUAGACGGCUAUGCCAAGUGUGGAGAAAUGGCUUCGGCUCAGAAAGUUUUUGAGUCAAUGCAGGAGAGGGAUGUUCGGUCAUGGAGCUCUUUGAUUGAUGGUUAUGUGAAGGCUGGGGAGUACAGGGAAGCUAUGGCCAUCUUUGAAAAGAUGCGGGCUGUUGGUCCCAAAGCCAAUGAAGUGACUAUGGUGAGCGUCUUGUCUGCUUGUGCACAUCUCGGUGCUCUAGAAAAGGGAAAAAUGAUGCACAAGUAUAUUGUUGACAAUUGUUUACCAAUGACAAUGGUCUUACAAACUUCUCUUGUGGACAUGUAUGCUAAAUGUGGGGCAAUAGAGGAGGCUUUGUUUCUAUUUCGCGGCAUCUCAAAGAGUCAAACUGACGUGUUUAUUUGGAAUGCAAUGAUUGGAGGUCUUGCAACACAUGGGUUAGUGGAAGAAUCUCUUAAAUUGUUUAAGGAAAUGCAAAUGGUCGGCAUCCGAUCUGAUGAGAUCACAUACCUCUGCUUGUUGGCUGCCUGUGCCCAUGGAGGACAAGUUAAAGAAGCAUGGUACUUCUUUGAGAGCCUUGUUAAAUGUGGCAUGACACCUAAAAGUGAGCACUAUGCCUGCAUGGUAGAUGUGCUGGCGCGUGCAGGUCAACUAACCAAUGCAUACCAAUUUAUUUGUCAAAUGCCCAUAGAACCAACGGCUUCCAUGUUAGGCGCUCUUUUUAGUGGGUGUAUUAACCAUAGAAAUUUAGAUCUUGCAGAAACAGUUGGCAGGAAGCUUAUUGAGCUAGAUCCAAACAAUGAUGGAAGGUAUAUUGGCUUGUCAAAUGUAUAUGCAGUUGUCAAACGUUGGGAUGAUGCAAAGAGCAUGAGAGAAGCCAUGGAAAGAAGAGGAGUGAAAAAAUCACCUGGGUUUAGUUUUGUUGAAAUAUCUGGGAUUCUUCAUAGAUUUAUUGCCCACGAUAAAACACACCCUGAUUCGGAUGAAACUUAUUCUAUGCUACAUUUUGUUGUCGGUCAAAUGAAACAUGGCUGUCACCAAGACAAUCAGGAGGAUAAUUUGUUGAAUGAUACAUCAAUAGAAGAUGAUUUGAUUCUCUUUUGA